AUGGGGAGAAAUGCGGAAGGGAUUGAUUUAGGAGGGCCAAGGAGGAAAUUCUUGAGGCUGCUGAUGGAGAUCAUUCCCAGAUCCGCCAUGUUUGAGGGAAAAGAAAACGGCAAGAACUUCGCUCUUGGCAGUACUGCUCUAAGAGAGGACCUGUACUACAACGCUGGCAGAGCCAUUGCACAAAUCCAGCUGGACAUAGCUGACCCAGAACUUCUUGAGAAAGUCAAAAAGGUAUCUGAAAGCACCAGGGUUGAGGAGCUUGAGGAGACAAAGGCACCUCUACUUGAGUACCUGGCUAAUGCAGGAUGUCUAAGGCCAGUGCAGUCAAUCAGGGACAGGGAGCUGCUGGUACAGGACAUAGUGAUGUUUCAGGUUGUCCACAGGGUCCAAGGUCCAUUUCAAAGAUUCUGUGAAGGUCUGAAGACUCUUGGGGUUCUUGAAAAAAUCAGGAGACAUCCUGACAGCUUUAAGCCCCUGUUUUGCUAUGAGGCAAGUCUUCUCACUGCUGACCAGAUGGACAAUCUCUUCAGCAUUCCACUCUCUCCAGAAGGGAGCAACAAGAGAACUGCAGAAGAGAUGGUUGUAAUGUUCUGGAGAGACUAUCUCCAGGAUGCAGAAGAAGAAGAAGGGCCAUCCAAAAUACAACAAAUAUUGGCCUUCGCAACAGGAGCAUCUGUGGUUUUUUCCCCAACACCUUCUGUGGAGUUCAUUCACAAGGGAGAGGACGACUAUGCCUCUACACCAUUGUUCCCUAUGGCCAACACAUGUGUCAGCUGCAUCAGUUUGCCGCUACAUGUGUCAUACGAAGUCUUUAAAGAUAAGUUUGACUUUGCUUUAGGGAACACUCAUAGGUUUGGCAGGUCAUGAAUAUACAGUGGUGGAAAUAAGUUUUCAACGUGUCAACAUUUCUUUCAUUAAAUACUUUAAUAUUUUUCUGAUGCAGCUAUUUGUUUGAGAUUUAUACCACAUAUUGGAAUUGACUCAAUAAAAGUCAAUAAGUAAAGCUACACAGGUAAAGACAUUUACAUGUGUGUUUAAUACUUUUUCCUCUGUUAUUUCAAUUUGUUAAACACUUUUUUAUGGAAUGAAAUGUUGUGUCCUUUACCUCUGUAGUUUUAUUAAGUCAAUACCAAUAUCUGGUUCAAAUUUCAAAGGAAUAGCUACAUCGGAAAUAUGUUUAAUGAAAAAUAUGUUGAUGAGUUGAAUACUUGUUUCCCCCACUGCAUCAUACUCUGUAUGCAAUCUCUGUCGGUGUCUCACUUGCUCUGUAGUCUAUAGUAUUUUAGAUUAGAAUAGAAAAUAGUUUUUUCAGUGCAAAGAGACAUAACAGGUGAGGCAGGACAAGACAUAAAACAGAACUUAGUACAUUAGGGGACAUGACAGAUAACAGCAACAGCAGAAAAGUAUUAAUCAGAGGUUGGGGAUUUUGAUUUGGGGUGUUUGGGGAAACUGUAGGUGUGUUUGUUGUGCAAUUGGAGUAGUGGUGUGAAGGGGAAAAAGGAGAUUAAGAAAUUUAAAUAAAAAACAAAUGAUGGAUAAAUAUAAAAAAGAAAAAAGGGCAAGAGUCAAAGAGAGGAAAGAAGAUAAAUGUUACCGUUAAUAAAAGUAGUUUGGUAAUGUCCAAUGUAUUAACGUAUUCUUAGGAUGUUUACUAUUCUGAGUUUGUUUCUAUAAUUUUCUUUUUUCUUCCAGAUUUGAGUAUGCUUUUUCCCCCCUUUACUGUGUAGGGCUUGGGGAUACCUUCCUUCCCCUUCUCCGACAUUGUCUCUUUUGUUUAAGAAAGUAUCCUAGAAAUAAUAGAUUAGAGAGAGGGAGGAAAAAAGUAGAUAAAUAAUUAAGAAAGAAAAAUUAACUAUUAUUUGAAAUUAAUUUGAAUUUUGUUUUUUUAAAGUAUAGAAACAAUUAAUCGUGAUUACACAUGUUGAAGUACACAAUGGAGUAGGCAGGUGGACAAUUGUUGGAUUAAUGGUAAGUGGGUGAAUAUGAAAGUAAUAUUAAAUAUAAUUUAACUGAUUUGCCUGCUGUAAAAAGAAACCCACACCAGAAAGUUGGCAUAUAAAUAACAGCAAAAAAAUUACCAACUCAUAACCAAAGUAAAUAAAUACAGGAAAAAAAUAAAUGAGAACAAUAGAGAAAUAAAUGCAUAGAUACAUAUUUCGAUGACAUUUGUUAGUUAACUUUUUCUAUGUGUUCCUCUAAAGAGGUCUAUUAGUUGCAUUUCUGAUUGCACAUUUUUCUCAGAAUAUAAUAUUGCUGUUGCAAUAAAGUUUGCAAUCUUUAAAGUCUCAGUCUCUGCUUGUCUCGCAGUAUGUCUUUUUGAGAAAAACACUUUGAACAAAUGCUUCUUAUAGUUUUGAAAAAAUGUUUAUUAGGUUAUUAGGUUUAUUGUUGGGAAACAGCUUAUUUACAAAGUAACU